AGCCAUAAGUAUUCUCUCUUGUUUCUUCCCUCCUCAUUCGUUCAUUUCGCGCAACACUUGGCAAGACCAAGCAGGAACAAUGCCAAAGUCCGACACCGACUCAGAGUUUGAGGAAAAGCAAGAGACAUGCAUGGGGGCAUGUCUCAGCAUAUGCUGUGGAUGCUGUUGUAUGUCUUGUCUGAACCUCAGCAACCCGUGGUGUUUGUUCAAAAGCUACGGCGGUAAUAGAAAAGCCGAGAACGAGGACGAGGACGACGAAGAGCAGGCGAACAAUCGAGUUUAUGCUCAGCCAGCACCGCGAACGUCAAUGUCAGCAACUAGAUGACGUACUGCCCUCAAUAUGUGCAGAGUCACCUGCAUAGAUUGAGUACUACUUAUAUACAGUUGUCGUCAACGAGCUUGGUGAAGCAUAGGAAGGCUACUGUUCCGGUCGUGGGCCUGUUGGCACCGUCAGAGCUAUCAGGGCUGAAGUUUUCGACAAGGUGUUUGGUGAGGAUGGGACGAAGAAGCGUGCGAAGCGGACUGAACUCAGCAAAUCAGUCCGGGGAAGAUUGUGUCGCGUCGCCGAGAGACAUGACCAAGUUCCUGUAUACGCUGUAGACUGAUGUUCUAUGAAGAUC